UUUAUCACAAGCCCUGUUGACAUUUCAAGAGCCACAUGUAUGCAGCCAUUGUGAAAUCAUCCAGCAUUUUCAGACUCUAAACCACAAUGUCUUCAGGUCUUUUAUGAAAGCUCAAUUAAAACUGCAAAGCAUUUACUUUGUGGUCAAAGCCAAGGCAGGGCUUGAAACAUUGCAUCGCUGGAAAAUUGUUUCCUUAGCACUGCAGUGGAGACAAAUACAUUCACAUAGUGAGAACAGCAAAAGUGAGUUACAAAAGAAAUAAGGAAAAAAGAUGACACCAGCCUACAUUCUGCUGUUCUUCUUUCAGUGCUGCUGUGUCUCAGGGCAGCUUGGAUAUGACUUCAGUCAUCUGGCUAACCUGGCACUGAAGGUUUCUGUCGAUGAAGUCAACAGGCAGUCCAGCAAUUUCAACCUGCACAAGCCAACAAGCAGUGUGGUCCGACAGAUCACACGGGGACGUGAUAAUACAUAUGAUAUCCUGCUUGAUUUCGGAAUAAAGGAGACGGUCUGUCUGAAAAAUACUAGGAGACCAUUCUGGAGCAGUUGCCAUUUCAAACAGGGCCAGCUUGUGUCAAAGAAAUUGUGCUCCAGUCUUGUGCGUGUUGGCAGCAUUUCUGCAGCUCCUCUGGGCAUCAGUUGUCUGGCUGAUACAGCUGCUUUUGGCUCCAGCUCAGAGUCCAGCAGUGAAGAGGUCAUUAUUCAGCGGAGAGUAUGGCUUCCUCUGAGCUCUGUCUUCAGGAGUCAUUCUGUGUCAAGGAGAGUUUAACUCUUCCAGAUUACUACUGAUUUAAUAAAGUCUGAUUAAAACAGACAGACAGACCUCCAAGUGAUGUUUCAAUUAAAACAGUAACUUUACAUAAAAUUGUUUUGCUUUAAAAAGAUACAUUUUCAACCAAGAAAAUAAUCA